AUGGUGUUGGGCGAUCUGGGCAGCAAGCUCUCCGCCACGCUCCAGAAGCUCAGCCGCACCACCGUCCUCAGUGACGAGGCCAUCGACGAGUGCCUGAAAGAUGUGGCCAAGGCGCUGCUGGAGGCGGACGUCAACGUGCGGUACGUAUCCGAACUGCGCAGCGCCAUCCGCAACCAGCUGCGGUUGGACGAGGCGCUGGCCGCCGGCACGAACCGCAGGAGGUUCAUCCAGCAGUGCGUCUGCAAUGAGCUGAGCAAGCUGCUUACGCCGGACAGGAAGCCCAUCAAAUUCCAGAAGGGGAAGUGCAGCGUGGUGAUGUUUGUGGGCCUGCAGGGCUCGGGCAAGACCACGACCUGCACCAAGUUCGCCGUACACUACCAGCGCAAGGGCUGGAAGGUGGCGCUCGUGUGCGCCGACACCUUCCGUGCGGGCGCCUUUGACCAGCUGAAGCAGAACGCCACCAAGGUGCGGAUACCCUUCUACGGAAGUUACACCGAGACGGACCCUGUCGUGAUAGCCUCGGAGGGCGUCGCAGCUUUCAGGAAGGAUAAGUACGACCUGAUCAUCGUUGACACCAGCGGCCGGCACAAGCAGGAGACGGCGCUCUUCGAGGAGAUGCAGCAGGUCGAGGAGGUUGUGAGCCCAGACGACGUAGUCUUCGUGAUGGACUCGCACAUUGGCCAGGCGUGCUACGACCAGGCCAAGGCCUUCGCGGACGCCGUGAAGGUGGGCAGCGUGAUCAUCACCAAGCUUGACGGCCACGCCAAGGGCGGAGGUGCGCUGUCGGCGGUGGCGGCCACGAACUCGCCCGUGAUCUUCAUAGGCACCGGCGAGCACUUCGACGACUUCGAGCCCUUCAGCGCGGAGUCGUUCGUGUCUCGGCUGUGCGGCCUCGGCGACAUCUCCGGGCUUGUCAGCACGAUCAACGAGGCGAUGCCACUCGACAAGCAGCCCGAGCUCAUGGGGCGGCUGUCGAAGGGCAUGUUCACGCUGAGGGACUCGCGACCGUGGCAGCGGGGUGUCUUCGCUAUCCACCACAUGUACUUGUACACCGAGAGCUUCUCGUGCGCUGCCGUCUCUGUGCGUGCCUCUUUUCCUUUUCAGUAUCAUCUCCGCCACCUUCUGCAUCUUUUCUUGUGUCUUUGCUUGGUACCUGGCCAGUUCACUCUCACGAUGUGGUAUCGGUACAUAUACGGCGUGAGCAUGAGCAUACGCCGUCGCGUGGUGCAAAUCAUUGUGUCCUGGAAAACAUGUUUGAUAAGUUCCCUCUCCUUCUGUAUCUUGACCGUACUCCUUCCAUCUCCGAUCAUCCAGGUUUGCUGCGUCGUCCAUGUCGUACUGCAUCUCCUGUUCCCUCACCUUUGGCAUUGA